ACAGUUGACAGCUGUUCGCCGCUGUCAUUUUUCAAUUUUUCACCGGUGUGCCGUGUGCGUGGUUGUUUUCUUCGAUUUCGUCAACUUAAUUUAUAACUGUAAAUGCUCUUCACCAAGAUGCCGCUGCAGCUUACCAAGCCCGCUCCUCAGUUCAAGACCACCGCUGUUGUCAACGGCGAAUUCAAGGAUGUCUCCUUAGCUGACUACAAGGGCAAAUACGUCGUGCUGUUCUUUUACCCUCUUGACUUCACGUUCGUGUGCCCGACCGAGAUCAUCGCGUUCUCGGAGCGCGCCGACGACUUUCGCAAGAUCGGGUGCGAGGUGAUCGCCGCCUCCACCGACUCGCACUUCACUCAUCUCGCCUGGAUCAACACGCCCAGGAAACAGGGUGGUCUGGGCCCCAUGAACAUCCCCAUCAUCAGCGACAAGUCGCACAAGAUCGCCCGCGAGUACGGCAUCCUAAACGAAGACACCGGCAUCCCCUUCCGCGGCCUGUUCAUCAUCGACGACAAGCAGAACCUGCGACAGAUCACCGUCAACGACCUGCCUGUGGGACGUUCAGUUGAGGAGACUCUCAGACUGGUGCAGGCUUUCCAGUUCACGGACAAGCAUGGUGAAGUUUGCCCUGCCAACUGGAAGCCGGGUAGCAAGACCAUCAAGCCCGACACCAAAGCCGCCAAGGAGUACUUCAACGAUGCCAACGGCCAAUAAACUAGACCACUACAUCAGUCGCUGAGUGUUCACAAUGAAAGUGCUUGUGUUGGUAGAGUAGAUGGGAGUAUUGGAUGCCAGCGCUGGUUGCUGAUAUACUUUCAGUUCUAAAGCUAAACAUAUUCAGCAUCUGUUUCAAGCAAGUCCAGUAUCAAUAUUGAUGUAAAUAAGCACUGAUAUAUUUUGGUUUCAUCAUCAUGCGUUUAUAAUUAUUGCAAUAUCAUUUGUUAACUUACAAAAGAGAAAUUGUUCGUCAUUGUGAAUGCUCAGUGAAACAGAGUGUAGGAUUCCAAGAAUUUUACGACCUUGAUAUUUGUACGGUCUUCUCUAGGUUAUAGAAGUAAGUUGGGUGUGUUGUAUAUCUGUUGAGUGUGGUAUGCGAAUCUCAGAUAUCGUCUAUAUCGUCGGUGGCGCAUAUCGUCGUCAGUAUUUUAUCUGUUGAAUAAACGAGGCUGUAAUUACUACUA